GCAGUUCAGCAAUAAUCCAAGAAAAAGAUAACAUUUUCUGACUGACCUGACCUCCGUUGCGAGCGUCGGCCACAGUGACGGUAGCGCUAGCUAGCGAGGAGCCGAAGAUGAGGGGGACGGCGGCUAGGGUUUUGAGGCCUCGGUAGCGCUUCCUUUCCUUCCAAAACGAGCAGUUGCCGCCUGGAGAGCAGGUGGGCGGGGGGCAGAGGAAGCAAGCCAAGGUGGAAGAAGCAACUAGGCCUACCUUCUUUGGGCCUGGUCAGGCUGGUGCCUGCUACAGUUCACGCCUCACCCGACACGAGCCCUCUCCAUUCGUUUCCCUCAAAACCCUAUCGCCGCCGCCACCAUGUCGUCGUCGCCGUCCCCGGCGACCCGCCGUCCGCCGGGACCGCUGGCGCUAGGACUGGAGUCCUCGGCCAACAAGAUCGGCAUCGGCGUCGUCUCCCUCUCGGGGGACAUCCUCUCCAACCCGCGCCACACCUACGUGACCCCGCCGGGCCACGGCUUCCUGCCCCGCGAGACCGCGCAGCACCACCUCGCGCACUUCCUGCCGCUCCUCCGCGCCGCGCUCGCCGAGGCUGGCGUCUCCCCCGCCGACCUCACCUGCGUCUGCUACACCAAGGGACCGGGCAUGGGCGGGCCGCUCCAGGUCGCCGCCGCCGCGGCGCGCGCGCUCUCGCUUCUCUGGCGGAAGCCGCUCGUGGCGGUCAACCACUGCGUUGCGCACAUCGAGAUGGGGCGCGUGGUCACGGGGGCCGUGGACCCCGUCGUGCUCUACGUCUCCGGAGGGAACACGCAGGUCAUCGCAUACAGCAGUGGGAGGUACAGGAUCUUUGGGGAGACCAUUGAUAUCGCCGUCGGGAACUGCCUCGACCGCUUUGCCAGGGUCCUCGAGCUUUCCAAUGACCCCAGCCCAGGGUAUAACAUCGAGCAGCUCGCGAAGAAGGGAGACAAAUUCAUUGAUCUCCCAUAUAUUGUAAAGGGUAUGGAUGUGUCAUUUAGUGGCAUAUUGAGCUACAUCGAAGCUACAGCUAUUGAGAAGCUUAAAAAUAACGAGUGCACACCUGCAGACCUUUGCUACUCAUUGCAGGAAACUGUAUUUGCGAUGCUUAUUGAAAUUACUGAACGUGCCAUGGCCCAUUGUGAUUCAAAGGAUGUUCUUAUUGUUGGUGGUGUUGGAUGCAAUGAACGUUUACAAGAGAUGAUGAGGAUUAUGUGCUCAGAAAGAGGGGGCAGGCUGUUCGCAACUGAUGACCGAUACUGUAUAGACAACGGGGCAAUGAUUGCAUACACUGGUUUACUGGCAUAUGCACAUGGUGCAACCACUCCCCUGGAGGAGUCGACAUUUACUCAAAGAUUCCGAACUGAUGAAGUUCAUGCGAUUUGGAGGGAGAAUGAGAUGCCAGUGUUAACAAGCAUCCAUGCAGAUGCAAUGGCUGAAGUGUCCAAAGAUGAAGCCUCCAUGCCAACUCCAAUUGCUGUAGAUUCCUGAGGUAGUAAAUGCUUAAACCGUACUACGCCAGUUGCUGCUGAAAGAUACUGAUCCACAACCUCGUAAAAUGAUUCUGUUGUUGCAUGCCAUACCUGCCGAUAGUUGAUCACUAUCAAACCUCAUCAGCAUUCUGGUUAGUUAGACUUUUCCUCGUCUUUGAGUGACCCUUACUUUUUGUUGUAAUCUAGUCUCUUAAAGAUAGCACGAUCAAUUAUGAUGGAUAUAGUAACACAUACAUCUAGUAAUGGAUUGUAAUUAUAUGUAACGUGGCAGUCUUAGGGAUGAUGCGAAUAGCUGUUAUCUUAGUGGCCCUAUUAUAUGGCUCGAUUCCGAGGGUGGGACCUUUUUUUACAGUUUUCCGCAAACUGUUUCAUGUGAAAUAUUGCGAAAUGUAUCCUAUGAAAUUCUUGCGAAAUGUAUUCUGUAGGAUCUGUUGUAUCAUGAGGUUUGCUCAAAAAGUCAAGCAGCAGUGAUCAUUUGUGGAAUGUGGACUUUCUGGAUGGUUAGAAAUAGGGAGGCACGGGGAAGCGAUGAUGUCAACGAGGCAAGCAAUCUAUUGGGCACGGGAUACUUCCUUUGAUCUCUAGCACAUUCUUCACCCGACAAGCACAAGGAAGUAGGAAAUCUGAUAACCGGUGUGGGAGAAACCGCUUGAAGGGUGGUUUACGUGCAAUACUGAUGGCGCGUUCUAUGAAAACCACACUGGAGCAAUUGGGUUUGUUCUUCGAGAUGAAAAUGGUGUUCUUCACGGUGCUGCUGUUGUCAGGUAUGAACACACACUAAAUGCCUUGGCAAUGGAAAUGUUUCUUGCAGAGACAACUGUCUUUUGCUCUAGAGGGGUGCAAGGAAGUUGAUCCUAGAAACGGAUAGUAAAAUUCUAGUUGACCUUUGGAGUAACUCGCAACAUCAAAGGUCUGAGAUUUCUCCGAUCAUAGAAGAUAUUAGGGACCUUAGCAAAAGGUGUUUGAACUUUUCUAUUUCUUUUGUAAAUUGUGUUUGCAAUAAAGCUGCGCAUACGUGCGCAAAGCAAGUGUCUUGUACAAUGUUUAGCGAUCAGUGGCUCACUGAGGUACCGCUACCAUUAUAGGAAUUCUUGAACUUUGAUUGUAAUUCUUGUGCUGAUAGCUAAGCAAUGAAGCUCCUUGAUUAGUUUCUUGA